GUCGCUCUUGUGUCGCUCCAGCUUGAUUUUCUGUUCUCUCUGGUCCUUCCUCUACUUUCUCUGCUCUUUUUUGUGGAAGUUCUUGUUGUUUGUGUUAUAGUAUAGCGAUAAUCCCCCACUCCGUUUUCCAUCAUGCCUACUGAGAUUCCUGGCCCGGCUGGCGUGCCACUGCUGGGUAACAUUUUUGACGUCAACCCCAACGAGACCUGGAACUCGCUGAACAAGCUGGCCAAGCAAUAUGGUCCCAUUUUCAAGAUCAACGCUCUGGGUCACCAGAUUGUCUUCAUUGGCAGCGUCGCCCUUCUCGAAGAAAUUUGCGACGAAACACGAUUCCGCAAGUGUGUGACUGGCCCCGUUCUGGAAAUUCGCUAUUCCGUGCAUGACAGUCUCUUCACUGCCAAACACAGUGAGAUGAAGUCCUGGGGCAUUGCCCACCGCAUCAUGUACCCCCACGUCACUCAGGAAGCGACAGACGCUGUCUUCGUCGACAUGGCCGAGGUCAUCCCCGAUCUGACCAAAAAGUGGACAUCCGGAACCAAGCAGCGUACCUUGGCCACCGAUGAUCUAGACCGAAUCUUGCUGGCCUCCUGCAUGAAGUGCUUCUUCAACCAGCGGGUGAACGUGCUCGGAAAGGACGCGGAAUCCGUCAAGGCGAAGAAGAUGGUCGAUGCAUGGGAGGGUGCUACGAUGGAAGCGAUGAAGCGACCAACUCGCCCAAAGCUUCUCAAUCUUCUCUACCAGAGCCGCUUCUCUUCUCUCACGAAAACCAUGCGCUCGUACGCCAAAGACAUCAAAAACAGCCGUCUGAAUAAUGCCGACCAGACUCGCAAGGAUAUGCUGGAUGCGAUCCUCAAUGGCGUCGACCCAGAGACCGGUGAGAAACUCACAGACUCGCAACAUCUCGACGAGAUCGUGACCAUUUUCAUUGGAGCCGCCACCGCCGCAAACCUCGUCUCCUACGCCCUGUACUACCUAAUGGAGAACCCGGAGCCUCUCAAGAAGGCCCAGGAGGAAAUCGAUUCCAUCGUUGGCAACAACCCCAUCGACCUCGCCCACCUGAAGCAGCUCAACUACGUCGAAGCCUGUCUCCGCGAAGCAAUCCGUCUCUCCGCAACCGCACCAGGCUUCAACAUCGAACCCAUCCCUCCCAAAGAUGAGAACGACAAAACCCCCAUCCUCCUCGCGGGCGGCGAGUACCAAAUCCCCAACAAACAGCCCAUGAUCGCAAUCCUGAACUCCGUGAACCGCGACCCAGCCGUCUUCGAGUUCCCCGAAGAGUUCAAGCCGGAGCAAGUCCUCGGCGAGAAAUGGGACCAGCUGCCCGCCGCCGCGAAGAAGGGCUUCGGCAAUGGCAAGCGCGAGUGUAUUGGUAAGGCGUGGGCGUGGCAGUGGUCGUUCUUCACAUUGGCGAGUAUCAUUAAAGAUGUCUCGUUUGAGUUGGAGGAUAAGAAUUACAAGUUGCACGCCAAUGGGGCGUUUAGCAUUAAGCCGCUGGAUAUGUGGACUUUGGUGAGCCCGCGCCAGAAGUAAAUGUUGUCAUAUACCCGACCGAGUUUGUUUGAAUGAGGAUGAAUGAUCAAUUUGUAUGAAUUUGGUUUUUUGUUGAAAUGUUGUUUGUGUGUGGACACAUCG